AUGGCCCCUCUGUAUCUUAAUUACUAUGGUCUUUGUAUGCUGAACGACAAUUAUAAAGUGAAACUUCAUUUUGCUGAGAUAGCAUUCUCUAAUGACCAAUCAUAUAGCAGCCUUGGGAAGCAUGUAUUCGAUGUUUCAAUUCAAAUAGCUACUCGGGCAGGUGGUUUAUCUGCUAUCAUUGUUGUUGGUAUGGCUGUAAUUGGUAUAGUAGUCCUUUAUGCCACAUUUUAUGUUUGGUUGGAAGUGGAACCGCCUAAUUUAAUGAAGGCUGCUUAUAAAGGAUAUUGGUGUAUUGCUGGUGAGGAGGAUAAAGGUGCUAAAACCUCAAGGCAGCUGAGAAAACAAGCAGCUCGUAGACUUGAAACAGUUCAUUCAAUGAGGAUGUUGAAGAUAAUAAUGACCUUGACCCUUAUAAUUCUAAUGGAGCUGAACUUCAAGAAAAAAGAGGUGAUGACUUCAAAUACUUCUUCCACCAAUCAAAGUGCAUAUUAUCCACUGGCUGUUGUUACUGUCUCUCAAAAAUAUUCAGGAGUUGAAAUAGCAGGUGCACUCAAGAACGUGCUUGCAAUAGCAGCUGGGAUAGUAGAAGGUAUGAAUCUUGGUAACAACUCAAUGGCUGCUCUUGUCUCACAAGGUUGUUCAGAGAUAUGGUGGCUUCCUUGCAAUGCUAGACACUGUUAA